AUGGAGGAUGGCUCCCAGGUCAGCACCUUGGAGCGUGUGUGCAAAGAUGUCCAAGCACCCGCCAUGUACAAGCCUACCGACGACCAGUUCUUCGAGGACGAGACCCAGAGCAAGCCCGACAUUCAAUUCCUCAAGCAGCAUUUCUAUCGCGAGGGCCGCCUCACCGAGGAGCAGGCUCUCUGGAUCAUUCGCAAGGGUACAGAGCUCCUGCGCGCCGAGCCCAACCUUCUCGAGAUGGACGCCCCCAUCACUGUCUGCGGUGACGUCCACGGCCAGUACUACGAUCUCAUGAAGCUUUUCGAAGUUGGCGGCGACCCUGCCGAGACCCGAUACCUGUUUCUCGGUGACUACGUCGACCGUGGCUACUUCAGUAUAGAGUGUGUCCUCUACCUGUGGUGUCUGAAGAUUCACUACCCCAAGACCCUCUGGCUGCUGCGAGGAAACCACGAGUGUCGCCACUUGACUGACUACUUCACCUUCAAGCUCGAGUGCAAGCACAAGUACUCCGAGGUCGUGUAUGAGGCCUGCAUGGAGUCCUUCUGCGCCCUUCCUCUCGCCGCUGUCAUGAACAAGCAGUUCCUCUGUAUUCAUGGUGGCCUGAGCCCUGAGCUCCACACUCUCGAUGACCUAAAAAGCAUUGAUCGUUUCCGCGAGCCUCCUACGCAGGGUCUCAUGUGCGACAUCCUCUGGGCCGACCCUCUCGAAGACUUUGGUCAGGAAAAGACCAGCGACUACUUCUUGCACAACCAUGUCCGAGGUUGCUCGUACUUCUUCUCUUACCCUGCCGCCUGCGCCUUCUUGGAGAAGAAUAAUCUUCUCUCCAUUAUCCGCGCCCACGAGGCCCAAGAUGCCGGUUACCGAAUGUAUCGCAAGACCCGAACCACUGGUUUCCCCAGUGUCAUGACCAUUUUCUCUGCCCCCAACUACCUCGAUGUUUACAACAAUAAGGCCGCUGUUUUGAAGUAUGAGAACAACGUCAUGAACAUUCGACAGUUCAACUGCACUCCUCACCCUUACUGGCUCCCCAACUUCAUGGAUGUCUUCACCUGGUCUCUGCCUUUUGUUGGAGAGAAGAUCACCGAUAUGCUCAUCGCCAUUCUCAGCACCUGCUCCGAGGAAGAGCUCAAGGAGGAGACACCCUCUUCCACCUCGCCUGGACCCGCUUCGCCUGCGCUGUCCCAGGAUCCCGAGUCGAUCGAGGUCAGGCGAAGAGCCAUCAAGAACAAGAUUCUGGCCAUUGGACGAUUGUCCCGUGUGUUCCAGGUCCUGCGAGAGGAGUCGGAGAAGGUCACGGAACUCAAGACUGUCUCUGGUGGAAGACUGCCGGCUGGUACACUCAUGCUGGGUGCUGAGGGUCUGAAGAACGCCAUCAACACAUUCGAAGACGCUCGAAAGGUUGAUUUGCAGAACGAGAGGCUUCCCCCUACACAUGACGAGGUUGUGAAGCAUCAGGAGGAGGAGCGACAGACGGCGCUGCAGAAGGCCGCAGAGGAGGCCAACAAUGAUACCAAGUUGCAGCAGCUGUCCAGGAGACUGAGCACGUAA